CAGGGGCGGACUGACCAUUUGGAAACUUGGGCACUGCCCGAGGGCCCGGGGUCAGUAGGGGGCCCCAUGAGAUGCCCCUGGUACCUUUUUCAUAGGAUUUUUUGAGUUUGGGCAAGAACACAAGGGGCCCCAUGAUCCCCUAUUGCCCGGGGGCCCCAUGAGUUGUCAGUCCACCCCUGCUCCAGACUCUGUCUUUGCCACUUGCACCCAGGGGCGGACUGACCAUUUGGAAACUCGGGCACUGCCCGAGGGCCCGGGGUCAGUAGGGGGCCCCAUAAGAUGCCCCUGGUACCUUUUUCAUAGGCUUUUUUGAGUAUGGGCAAGGACACAGGGGCCCCAUGAUCCCCUAUUGCCUGGGGGCCCUAU